AACAAAAUAUUCAUAAUAUAAGUACUUGUUAAAACAAUAGUCUUCCAGCACAAUCCCUACCUAUAUACAGCUAUAAAUAAAUUAAAAUAUUCCAAAGAAAGAAAACCAAAAAGUUAAAGAAGAUGAAUGAAAUAGAUUUAAUCAAGGAGGUCGAAAAGCGUCCGAUUCUAUACGAUAAGUCUGUCAGUGGUUUCAAUAAAACAAAGCUAAGAGACGAUGCGUGGAAAGAGGUGCAGGAAGCUCUACAUGUUUCUGAAUCAGAAUGCAAGAAGCGCUGGAGAUCCCUUCGAGAUUCGUUCAUAAAGCUGCAGAGGACGCAUGGAGGUCGAACCAGGUGGCCUUACCAUCAGGCCAUGAGAUUCCUUCUGCCGCAUAUAGAGCCUAAGGAUUCUACACACUUUUGCAGAGCAUCCAAAAAAGAGGCCGAAGACUCGGAUGGUGAAGAGGAGAUCCGUCAGCGCGCGAUACAAUGCUUGCCAGACCUGUCCUACAGCCAGGACACGAAGUACGAAGACGAUGACGACGACGACUCCCAACCUUCACCCAAGAAAGCUCGUCAGAACUCCACUGACGACGACGCAAACCCUUGUUCGUGUAACCGCAACGACCCUGACGAACUAUUCCUAAUCAGUUGUGCCCCAACUCUAAAAAGGUUGAGUUCGAAACAGAACGCGCUUGCCAGACUUAAAAUUCAACAAGUGUUGCUAGAAGCUGAGUUCGGAUCUCAAAUGGAACUGCCUUAUGUGACUCCAGCUAGUGAUUGCGACUUCGAUGCUGUAGAAUAACGCUGAGAUUUGAAAGCCCGGGUUUUAUUAGAUAUUUACCUAUUAAAUAGCACUAUAGAUUUUAUUGAAACAAAUAUACACAGAGUUAGGAAGAUUUACAACCUAAGUUUUAACAGAUCUUAUAUAGAGUAAGCUUUGAUUGCCAUUUUCGUAUUAUUAGUUAGAUUGAGAUUUUUCUAAGCACCAAUACUUUUUCAGCAUUUAAUAUGAUUCAUUCAGGACGGGCCCCUUAAAAUAUAGGUAGCAACUAGCAAGGUAAUGUUUUUAAGAUUUGUAAUUGAUUUUCUUCGUAGGUUAGGGGGCAGUUAAAUGUUGCAAUAAUUUAAUUAUUUUUUCUCGGGUUGUGCUUUGAAACCCUCAGCCAAACGAUAUGUUUGAGGACCUUUA